UAGCAAUGGCGGCCGUCAGCGCCAGUAGUAUGUUAGAGUUCGUCCGCCGUAUUUUUCGCGAACGUCAAGACCAUGGCAUGCUUACCAUCAGGCAACUCCGGACGCUAUACACUGACGAGCUCAAGGUGAAACACCUGUCAUCGGAAAACCGGGAAGUUUUUGCAUCAAUAGUCACAACUGUGUUUAAGGAGUUUGAAGAGGCAGACUGCAGAGAGAAGUCAUCGCAGGACAUCAAGUCGAGUACCGACGAGGCGCCAGCAGAAGCGGGGGCCACCAGUCCGUUGCGCACAAUACUGCCUCAAAACGGCAACUGCUAUGUGGACUCUGAAUCGCCCAUCAAGUGCCCCAACGCCAAGAAUGUUCAGCGGGUGGUUGACUCGAGCAGUGACUCUGACGACGAUGAUGUGAUUCGGGCCGUGAAAGAGACGCUAGGUGUGCGGACACGUCGGCGAACUCAGCCGAAACCGGCUCCCGUGCCUAGUGUUUCUCUGGUCGCCGCUGUCAACAGCACGUCAUCCAUAAUAGGUGCCAAUGCAUCGAUAGCCAUUUCACCAGAUUCAUCGCACAUUUCCCCAAAGGUUCCUUCUCCAAGUGCUUCUCCUGGUGCUUCGUCAAGUUUGUCUUCCAACCCUGUACCAAGUGUAAUAUCUGACAGCUCACCCAAGGAUUCGCCUCGUGACGAAUCAGUUAAUGCUUCCUCCAACGCUGCAGCCAGCGCAGUGUGUUGUGCCAUUCCGACUGUGGUGUUCCCUGUGGUUUCGGCGGACAAGGCCGAAGCGCCGUGCGGAGGGGAUGCGUCGGACUCCUCGGACUCGGAAGGAAAGUUGAUGAUUGCCGAGUCCCCCAUGUCUGCAGAGUCUCCACGAAGGCCUUCGUCUGAUGGCGAAGGCAGUGCCAGGGUUGGAGAACAUGCCAUAGUAGAACCCAGGAGGCUUCACCUACCUGAAAGUAAGAAAACGAAGACUGCCGCCAGCAGUCCGAGUGAAGAGCCUAAGACCCCAACCCAAGAGAGCAAUGGCAAAGAACAUAAAAGCAUGGACGACAUGCCUUUGUUCACUCUGAAGCUCACAAAAACCAAGACGGGCAACUGGAUCAUGGUGAAGCCCAAGAGCGAAGAGUCAGACGCAGGAGAGGAGACGUCUCCCCUGAAACCCAAUGUUGUGCGACGAAAACGGGUUUCAACGCCACGAAAAACCAAGGCAAAGAUCCCGGAAAGUGCCCGCGGUAUCUUCGACUCCAGUGACGACGAGCCGCUGUCGGAACUGCGCAACAAGCAGCCAAUGAAGAAGCCAGUCCCCGCGCAGGCUGUUGUGACGGAAAACCCCAGCAUCUCGGAGCUGGAGCAGAAGCUUACUCGGGUGCACAAACGACGGAAGAAACCAGCUGACGGCUUUCCGCCUCCAAGUAAAAAGCGUAAGUGCACAAGGCAGGAGGCAACAGGCUCUUCUAAAAAGUGCACAAGGCGAGAGGCAACAGGCUUUUCUAAAAAGCCGGCAGCAAAGCCAGCCUCAGCAGAGAAUCCAGCCGUGGCAAAACUCAAGCGUUGCAUUAGCGCUGCAGGUCUGAGAGUCCGCUAUGUGCAAUUGCUAGAGGAAACCGAUACGGUGGAGCAGAAAGAGGCGAAGCUCAUGAAAGUGCUCAGGGACGCUGGACUUCAGGGCAAUCCAACGCUGAAGAGCUGCAGGGAGCUGAGGCAAAGGCGUGAAGAAGAGAAUGAAGUUCGAAGUCUCGACAAAAGCAACAUUGUCGAAAACUCUCAAGCAUCCUACAUACCACCUCGACCAUCAGAUGGUGCAACGAAGCGAACGACUCGAAGUGCAGCCGUCUCCAUUGUCCCAAGUGCCACGCCCGAGAAACCCGAGGAGGCUGUCGACGAAUCACGCAAGGUCUUCUCAAGGAUACAAAACUUACACCAAAAACUGGGCAAAGUCGCAUGCCAUCAACUUUUGGAAUAAUGGAUAUUUAACAUGUGAAAUGAGAAGCUUCUUUCACUAAAUACUACACUUACAACAUUGUCUGGCAUUGUUAGAAGACACGAAUUACUCUACCCCCCUGGUAUGUCUUAUCCAGCAACCGAUGAAAACAUCUUGCAAGCUCACUUCGACGAGCCUUCAAUAAACGUUUACCCGUUGUUUAAACUUGGUUGAAACCUACAUUGGGCCUGCAACGCUAUCUUGUGCAUGGCUAUGCCAACUUUUUCGUGCAAACUACAAGCUACUUAUUUACUGAAUAUGUUUGUCCUGUACCACGUAAUGUUGCAUGUCUACCAAAAAUUAAUUUUUACAUAAAUUUUAACUUAUAUUUAUGUAUGCUUUUGAUGCUUUGUGGCUUCGGCCAGUCGUGUGUGUGGACAGAUGGCUUCCGAUACACGGCAGUCUUCCUCUGAUGUGGUUAUCUUGAAAAUGUUACCUCAUUGAUGUGGCUCCCUUUCACAGUACUAUAAAAAGACAUGGCCACGGUACGAUGUUGCCAUACAUUAAUCAUUUCAACGAAUACUUUAGCCAUUAUAUAUUUUUUGGCAGCUUGUCACGUUGCCAAAAGUUUGACCAUCCUUUGCAAAAGUGUGCUGCCGUCAGUUCAUUCCACAAUGUCUCUUCUUUACCAUGUGUUGGGAAUUCGUGAUGUAGUUUCAUGCUAAAAAUUAGGAGCCUCCCGCGACAUCUUUUGCGAAGGACGCGACCACCGCAGAAAUUUUUUUCCAAGAAAAACUUCUUGCAUGUGCCUUGUAUGAACAGUUGCUGAGUGUCACCUGUUGUCUUAGCACUGGGCUAACACUUCUGAAAAUGACUACGAGUGUGAAACGAGACAUGACCAAACAGCUCCACCAAGGUCGUUGUAACUGUGGAAACAGGUGUAUCACAUAUUUUCAGCACAGAAACUGAUCUGUUGACUCUUAAUUAUUAGCAAAUUUAGGCAUUCUUUUCUAACCUGGUUAUCCUACUUCACAUAGAACUAAUUUAGUACUGACUUCAGAACCACAAAUACAAGUGGCAUGGCUUGAUGAUUUCUGGCUGAUUAGGUGUAUGAAAUGUCAAAAUGAGAUAGUCUAUGCACAGUAAUUCAUACGUACCUCAAAGUUAUGGUAAUUCUUCAAAAAAUGG